AUGCCCCAACCUGAUGAAGACUUUGGCCCGGGUUUGCUCCCCUACUCUCUUAGACUUGCACAUCACCAGCAUCAAUACGACCAUCACUACUAUCACCACCACCACCACCAGCAUAUUCAUUUGAACUCCCAAGAACCUCGUGCUCCGGAUUACACCACUACUCCUGGAGUUAUAGUUUUAGCACCUGUUCGUACUCUGACAACUACUACGACCCGCAGUUCCAUCAGCACAACCAGCUCUUCAUCGUCAUCGUCAUCGUCAUCGUCAUCGUCAUCGUCAUCGUCAUCGUCAUCGUCAUCGUCAUCAUCUUCUUCAUCUUCUUCAUCUUCUUCUUCCUCCGUCUCCUCAGUCACCUCGACUUGUCUUUCCACUCUUUUCUGCGGCUACCGUGCACGAAGGUCCCGCAUGCGACAUCACAACCACCACCACCACCAUCAUCACAACCGCUCGUGUUUUCUCGGGAUUCCGCUGACAGCCAAGUCGCUAUUUCUUGCGCUGGGACUGGUCCUCAUUGCGCUGUAUUACAUGUACUGCGUCCGCGUCAAUACCAACUUAUACGAAUUUCUAGACGGUCGUCAUCGACGUCCACCGUUUGGGCCAGGUAACCGGUUUUGGCCAGGCCAUAGGUUUUGGCCAGGUCCACCAGGACCUAAUGCUCCGCCGGGACCUAAUGCUCCACCAUUCCCACCAUUUCCAAUACAACCAGCACAGGAGCAGCAGCAGCAGCAGCAGCAACAACAACAGCAACAACAACAAGAGCAGCCGUCGCCUACACCUAUCCAUACCAGUACUAUUGUAGACGGGUGA